AUGGAUUUGUAUGGAAGUGAAGCCAUUGAAACAACUUCAACAAAACCAAACAAGUACCCCUUGUGCUACCUCAAGAAAGCAUUGCAGUUCUUAGUCCCAUUGUCUCUCCUAAUUUUGUCCUCCUAUAAUUUUCACUUCUCCCACGCCUUGGAGAGGAAGUACAUGUUCCUCAUUUGUAAUGGAAUACUUUUCUUUCUCGCUAAGACCCUCACUUUUACCUCUUCCUUUACUGAUCUCGACUACACGCCAUUUAAUGUUCAAUCUCUGCCACCGGAGACUCUUAUUGGCCUUGACCACGAUGCUCAUCAGCUUCAACAACAAGAAGAAGAAGAAGAAGAAGAAGAGAAAGAAGAGAUAUUCUCAUCAUCAGGGCAUGGUGGAGCUUUGAAGGUAGAAGCUGAUGAUGAGAAAGGUGGAGGAGCAGGUUUAGUAGAUGCGUUGCAGACAGAUGAUGAAGAAGAAGAAGAAGAAGAAGACAAUGAUAUGAACAUAAACACAGAAGAGCUUAAUAGGAGGGUUGAAGAGUUCAUAAGGAAGAUGAAAGAAGAAAUCAGAAUUGAAGCUAAACAACAACACCUUAUUGCAGUGUAA